AUGCUACGCCUACGGUCUUGUGUUUGGGCAGUCGUGGCUGCCGCGGCAGUCGACACGGACCCGCAUGUUCCGGAGCACGCACAAACGUUGGCGCCGUUGGAAGGUGUUUCCAACUUGAAGGUGGUCGUGCUGCGGUGGCCAGCCUUGGACGACCUGGACAAGGCAGCCGCGAUGAAGUUUAACCCGAUGUUUGACGUGACAAAGUACAUUGAAAACGACGCGUUCGGGAUGCUCCGGGCCCGCCUCAUCGACCAUGCGGUGGUGUACUUGCAACAGCUCGUACACAAGGUGCGCAACUUCAAUCUGGACAACGUGAACGCGUCCGCCUUGUUGCAAAAGGUCAAAGGCAGGGUGAACGCCACAUACACGUUGAACAAGGACCGAUAUGCCGAAAUGUUGCAGCUGUCCAUGAUGACGUUUGACCAAGUGCGCGACUAUUUCAACAUCACCGACGCCCCGACCGCCGCUCCGUCCGCCGUACCAUGCCCCGUGCCGCGUCUGGUCUACCAGUUUCAAGGACCGCCGUAUCUGUACGCGACCAGCAGCGUGGCGCGACUGUACCAGCCGUAUGCUGGCUACACCAUGCAUUACUUUGGCUCGACAACGACGGUGCCGCUGAUCCCGGCGGUAGGGUAUCCGUGGCCGUGGAACUCGUCCAUCACUGCGGUCAACGCCGUGCUCGAGGCACAACAGACGUCGACCAACAGCUCGGUGACCGUCGGAGUCAUGCAGGGCAUUGAGACCAUCCAUCGAGAGUUCCAUAUCCCAACAGGGCUGCCUCGAUUUCCCUCAAACGAGGGCGAGGCCCCCAUCCCCCCGUACUCCGUGCUGUCCCUGCCCCGAUCCCUCCCGCUGCAUGACGCUUUGCUCCAGUUCUAUGGGUACCCCAAGACGUCCGGGUUCAAAGCGAUCACAGCAUUGACAUGGUAUCGAUCAACGGUCACGGUCUUUACGCCCCAUCUCGCUGGCGCAGUGUCUACGUUGGCUACGUGGCCGUCCGACCCAGCCCUCCGUACGUCGAACUUGAAGACGCUGUUCGACGACGCCAUCGACGCCGACAUCGCUGGCCUUAUCUACGGCAUCGAAUCCCCAUCGACAACAUGGCUCUCGGCCUUGGAUCGACAUAGCGACGAGUUUGCCGACGCGUGUCUCGGGCAGCUCCUCCUCGCGUCGCGCACGCUCCCGACAGCUCAAGCUGCGUUCGACAUGUUGACCCGACGCAAUGAACAGAAGUCGUUGUCUGCGAGCUGCUUGUGGGACCCGUUAUCGGCAAUCUUCACAGCAAAGAUGCGAUCCACGCGGAAGCCGCCACCAACACUCGACGCGCACAACGUCGCAGCACAAGUGGCUCUUCACGUGGCAACUCGCGUGUUCGACUUGGCGCCUACCAAGGCGACGAUGCGCAAGCAGCGGGCCGCCACCGUCGAGAAUCUUCUCCGUAACGCUGUUGAGAUGCCCGUGUCUGCCAUGGGCAGCAACGGCGUCGUUCACCUGGGGCCACACACGGAGAAGCCGUGUGUCGUGUUGGAGGAGAUCAAAGAACCCGAGCUCGUCCACGUCGUCCAGCGCGUCCUCAUUCGCCUCGGAGAGAGCUCCCUCCUCGCGGCGUCUGAAAUCGACACCUUGUUCGCGUGUGUGUGUCUCCGGGUGCUCGAAAUCCACCGCACGACCGAAGUGGUCGAGUGUACUGUGCGCUGA